AUGCCCUCUCCUCUGGUGUCUGUCUGCUUCACCCCAGCAGAGUGGGCCCUGCUGGAUCCGGGCCAGAGGACUCUCUACAGAGAAGUCAUGCAGGAGAACUAUUGGAGCGUCAUCUCUGUGGCACAGGAUGAUCAGAGGAAUGAUGAGGAUGAUAAACUCUAUCAGCAGUUGCCAAACAGAGUUAAAAGUGAAGACUUGGAAGAAAACAUCAGGAAUCCAGGCAGAUGUAAGAGAAAGAAAGGCAGCCAUACAGUUGAGAAAAGAGAUGGAAGACGACAUAAUGCACAUUUUCCAAAGCAGAGGAUAAUGAGGGGGGAGAGACCUUUUGAAUGCUCAGAGUGUGGAAAGAGUUUCAGUCAGAGCGGCCAUCUUCAAAGUCAUCAGAAAACCCACACACGGGAGAGACCUUUUGAGUGCUCAGAGUGUGCAAAGAGGUUCAGUCGGAGUUACCAUCUUCAAAGUCAUCAGAGAACCCACACAGGGGAGAGACCUUUUCAAUGCUCAGAGUGUGGAAAGAGAUUCAGUCAUAGUGGCAAUCUUCAAAGGCAUCAGAGAACCCACACAGGGGAAAAACCUUUUGAAUGUUCAGAGUGUGGAAAGAGAUUCAGUCACAGUGGCAGUCUUCAAAGGCAUCAGAGAACCCACACAGGGGAAAAACCUUUCGAAUGCUCAGGGUGUGGAAAGAGAUUCAGUCACAGUCACAGUCUUCAAGGGCAUCAGAGAACCCACACAGGGGAAAAACCUUUUGAAUGCUCAGAGUGUGGAAAGAGGUUCAGUGAGAGAGGGACUCUUCAAAGUCAUCAGACAACCCACACAGGGGACAGACCUUUUGAAUGCUCAGAGUCUGGAAAGAGAUUCAGUCAGAGUGGCCAUCUUCAAAGUCAUCAGAAAACCCACACAGGGGAGAGACCUUUUCAAUGCUCAGAGUGUGGAAAGAGAUUCAGUCAUAGUGGCCAUCUUCAAACGCAUCAGAGAACCCACACAGGGGAGAGACCUUUUGAAUGCUCAGAGUGUGGAAAGAGAUUCAGUCAGAGCGGCCAUCUUCAAAGUCAUCAGAAAACCCACACACGGGUGAGACCUUUUGAGUGCUCAGAGUGUGCAAAGAGGUUCAGUCGGAGUUACCAUCUUCAAAGUCAUCAGAGAACUCACACAGGGGAGAGACCUUUUCAAUGCUCAGAGUGUGGAAAGAGAUUCAGUCAUAGUGGCAAUCUUCAAAGGCAUCAGAGAACCCACACAGGGGAAAAACCUUUUGAAUGUUCAGAGUGUGGAAAGAGAUUCAGUCACAGUGGCAGUCUUCAAAGGCAUCAGAGAACCCACACAGGGGAAAAACCUUUCGAAUGCUCAGAGUGUGGAAAGAGAUUCAGUCACAGUCACAGUCUUCAAGGGCAUCAGAGAACCCACACAGGGGAAAAACCUUUCGAAUGCUCAGAGUGUGGAAAGAGGUUCAAUUGGAGUGACCAUCUUCAAAGUCAUCAGAAAACCCACACACAGGAGAGACGUUUUGAAUGCUCAGACCCAGGACGAUCAGAGCAAUGA